AUGGCCAGCGAAGUACGAUAUUUAGGCUAUUUGAUCAACGCGGAAGGAUCGAAACCUUUGUCCGAGAGAGUUAAAGCAAUUCUAGAGUUUCCGAAGCCGACUACCGUCAUGGAAUUGAGAAGAUUUUUGAGAAUGAUCACUUUUUCCCGACGAUUCGUCAAAGGCGCAAUUAAAAAUCAAGCAUCCCUAUAUAAAUACCUACAAAACAGUAAAAAGAAGGAUAAGAGACCGAUUGUAUGGACCGUAGAAGCCGAAGAAGCUUUCCAAGCUUGCAAGCACGACCUCGUCAACACCACCUUGCUCGCACAUCUAGCCGACGAUGCUCCGUUGAUUCUUCAUACCGUCUCGGAUACAACUAUUAAAGUGUCACUUGAACAGCAAAUCGGAGAGAAAAACGUAGUCGCUGACAUCCUUUUGAGAAUCGAAACUAUCGCUAUGCCAUUGAUCAUUACCACGGAGGAGAUCGCAAAAGCUCAAUCAGACGACAAGGAGCUACAACAACUCCUUAACUUUGAGACCGCAUUAAAUCUCACAAGAUUUCUGGUGAAUGGGCAUACAAUUUUCUGCGACACAACCCGCAAGUACCAAGCAAUCCGACGCAGGAACGGCAUCGCAGUCGACAUCGGAGCAGGCAUUACAGGCAUCACCGCAGUCAUCAGAUUCCAAGUGGCAAACGUCGCAAACACCACCAACACAGUCCAUGUCAAGCCAUGUGCUUUCACCAUCGCAGCGAUACACAAUCUACAUCAACUGGACUAA